AUGGAGUACCAUCAACAAAUACCACAACAGCAAGGGCAACCACAACAACAGUUGAAUGUGCCUCAAGGGUACCAGCCACAACAACAACCAAUCUCGAGUUCUGCAUCACCAAACUUUCCUCAACCACAAUUACAACAUAAUCAACCUCAACAGCAGCAACAACAACCUCAGCAAAUCCAUCAUCAUCAACCUGUGUCAAUUGAGCAAUCAUUACUACCUCAAAAGUCAACUAUUUCAAAAGGUAAAUACACCUUGAAUGAUUUCCAAAUUAUGCGUACACUGGGUACAGGAUCAUUUGGUAGAGUUCAUUUAGUUCGCUCAGUUCAUAAUGGUAGAUACUAUGCCAUUAAAGUGUUGAAGAAGGCUCAAAUCAUAAGAAUGAAACAAAUUGAACACACAAAUGAUGAAAGAAGAAUGUUAAAACUAGUUGAACAUCCUUUUUUAAUUAGAAUGUGGGGGACUUUCCAAGAUGCUAGAAAUUUAUUUAUGGUUAUGGAUUAUAUUGAAGGUGGUGAAUUAUUUUCAUUAUUAAGAAAAUCUCAAAGAUUUCCAAAUCCUGUUGCUAAAUUUUAUGCUGCUGAAGUUACAUUAGCAAUUGAAUAUUUACAUGCACACAAUAUCAUUUACAGAGAUUUGAAACCUGAAAAUAUUCUUUUGGAUCGUAAUGGUCAUGUUAAAAUCACUGAUUUUGGGUUUGCAAAAGAAGUUUCCACAGUUACUUGGACCCUUUGUGGUACUCCAGAUUAUAUUGCCCCAGAAGUUAUCACAACUAAACCAUAUAAUAAAUCUGUUGAUUGGUGGUCUUUGGGUAUUUUGAUUUUUGAAAUGUUGGCUGGUUAUACACCAUUUUAUGAUAGUACACCAAUGAAGACCUAUCAAAAAAUUUUAGCUGGUAAAGUUCAUUUCCCUUCAUUUUUCCACCCAGAUGCUAUUGAUUUACUGUCAAGAUUAAUCACAGCAGAUCUGACUAGAAGACUAGGUAACUUGCAUAAUGGUCCAGCUGAUAUUAGAAACCAUCCAUGGUUUGCAGAAGUUAUUUGGGAAAAACUUUUAGCUAAAGAUAUUGAAACUCCUUAUGAACCUCCAAUUACUGGUGGUAUUGGUGAUACUUCACUGUUUGACCAUUAUCCAGAAGAACAAUUAGAUUAUGGUGCUGGUGGUGAAGAUCCUUACUCACAAUACUUUGUUGAUUUUUGA